CUGUCCAAUGAAGCCAUCUCCAUGUUGUCUCAAUAUGAAAUCCUGAAAACCAUGGAGGAAGUUGCUCUUCAGAUCCUUUUGGUUUGCCAGGUUGGGGUUGGGACUGUAGCCAACAUCCUUCUUUUUGUCAAAAAUUUCUCUCAGGUCUUUACUAAGUCUCAACUGAUGCCCAUACAGGCCCUUCUUAUGAACUUAGCUGUGGCUAAUGCCUUCCAACUCCUCCUCUAUGCACAACCAAAACAUUUGUCUAUUUUUAUUAAAAGGAAGCUCCCAACUGACUUCAGUUGUAAAUUUGGGUACUUCUUUAACCUGAUGGCUCGAAGCACAAACAUGUGCUCCACCUGUGCUCUGAGCACCUAUCAGUUUGUCACUCUUGUUCCAAAUAACUGGGGUAAGGCAAUGCUGAGACGAAGAAACUCAAAGAUCCUGAGUAAUUCUUGUUACAGUUGUUGGCUGUUAAGUGUCUUAUAUAAUUCUUACAUUCCAAUGAAAAUCACUGGUCCACAGAACACAAACAAUGACACUGAUUCUAAAUUAAAGUGGAUCUGUUCCACCUCCAGUUUCAGUGUAGCCAUGGGCUUCUUACGGUUUGCCCAUGAUGCCGUGUUCAUCAGCAUCAUGAUCUGGACAAGUGUCUCCAUGGUGAUUCUCCUUAACAGACAUCACCAAAGAUUGCAGUAUAUUAAUAACCCCAAUCAGGACCACAGAGGCUAUGCUGAGACCAGAGCAGCCCACACCAUCCUGAUGCUGGUGGUCACAUUUGUGUGCUUUUAUCUUUUGGACUGUAUUUGUGCUUUCUUUCACAUUUCUUUUGUGGACUCUCGUCCCUGGUUGAGGCGUACUGGUGAAGUUUUAGCUUCAUGUUUCCCCACCAUUUCUCCCUUACUGUUGAUUUUUAGGGAUCCUAAGGAUCCUUGUUCUGUGCUUUUUGGCUGCUGA